AUGUGAGAAAUCAAUAAAGCAAUGCGCAUGUGCCAAUAUUUUGACAGAAAGUGGCACCACUUGUAAAUAAACACACAGAACGCGGAAUACACCGGCAAGAGGAGCAGUGGUGUCAUCGAUCACGGGGGACGAUGAGGGAACCUUCAUCAAGCGAAGAGGAAUCGGAAAAUGAGACAAACGAUGAUGAAAACUCGGACAUUCUCAGUGUUCAGAACAGCAUUGAUCAGAAGAGUUUGUCUGCGAGUGGGGAAAACCUGAAUGUUGUCAGUCCACAUGGCAGGGGUGCACCCCGCCCGGCAAGCCCAUCACCCUCCCUCAUCAGUGAUAGGGAGAAGGCGAUCGAGGACACUGAAAAGUUAGAACGGGAGGAAGAGGAGAGAAAGAAACGUCUACAGUUGUAUGUGUUUGUAAUGAGAUGUAUAGCAUACCCCUUCAAUGCCAAACAGCCGACAGACAUGGCUAGGAGGCAAACGAAAGUCACAAAACAACAACUACAGACUAUAAAGGAAAGGUUCUUGGCUUUCCUGAACGGAGAGACGAGUAUUGUGGCUGACGAGGCGUUUACUAAUGCUGUGCAAAGUUACUAUGAAGUUUUCCUAAAGAGUGACCGGGUGGCCACUAUGGUGAAAAGUGGCGGAUGUUCAGCAAAUGAUUUUAGGGAAGUGUUCAAAAAUAACAUUGAAAAACGUGUGAGGAGUUUACCAGAAAUAGACGGAUUAAGUAAAGAAACCGUGUUAAGUUCUUGGAUGACAAAAUUUGAUGCAAUUUUUCGUGGAGAAGAAGAUCCACGUAAACAGCCACAGCGGAUGACAACGGCAGCCUCGGAGUUGAUUCUAAGCAAGGAGCAGCUGUACGAGAUGUUUCAGAAUAUACUUGGUGUCAAGAAAUAUGAGCACCAGAUCUUAUAUAAUGCUUGUCAGCUGGACAGUGCAGAUGAACAGGCAGCACAGGUGCGACGAGAGCUGGACAGACGACUGCAGCUUACAGAACAAAUGUCACGGAUGAGGAAACACCCCAAGUUUGUGGUGAAGGAGAUGGAGAGUAUGUACAUGGAUGAGCUGAAGUCGGCCAUCAACCUUCUGAUGGCUAAUCUGGAGAGUUUACCCGUGUCAAAGGGAAGCAACGACUCAACUAUGUCACGUCUCCAGAAACUCAAACGAUACAAUAGGACACAGCACUCCUCCUUGUCUAAGAUGGAUAUAAAUGAUGAAACAGAUUCUGGGCUUUCAAAGCUAGAUGUUGUAUUAUCCUUCACUUUAGAGGUUCAUGUUGUUGAGGUGAAGGGACUGAAAUCCCUGGCCAACAACAAGAUUGUUUACUGUACAAUGGAAGUUGAAGGAGGAGAAAAAUUACAAACAGACCAGGCAGAGGCCUCUAAGCCAAGCUGGGACACUCAGGGAGACUUUACCACCACACACCCACUUCCUGUGGUCAAGGUCAAACUCUACACAGAAAGUUCAGGCAUGCUCAGUCUGGAGGACAAGGAGCUUGGGAAGGUGGUGAUUCCAGUAACUGCCAACAGCAGCCGCCAGCCCGAGUGGUACCGUAUGCACACCACCAAAAACUGUCCGGAUGACCUCAAGAUCAAGAUCGCAGUCAGAAUGGACAAGCCACAAAACAUGAAGCAUUGUGGGUAUUUAUAUGGCAUCGGCAAGAAAGUAUGGAAGAAGUACAAGAAAAGAUACUUUGUGUUGGUACAGGUUUCCCAGUACACGUUUGCCAUGUGUAGCUAUAGAGAGAAAAAACCCGACCCUACAGAGAUGAUGCAGUUAGACGGGUUUACUGUCGACUACUGUGAACAGAUUCCAGAUGCUGAAGUAUUCGGAGGGAAGCAUUUCUUUAACUGUGUGAAGGAGGGUGACAACGUGACGUUUGCCACUGACGACGAGAACGAACGCACGCUGUGGGUACAGGCUAUUUAUAGAGCCACAGGACAAACACACAAACCAGUGCCCCCUGUUGUACAGACCAAUAAAAUAUCUAAUACUCAAAUCUCACGUAUGCAAGGAGAUGCUGACAGAGCCAGAAAACAUGGUCUGGAUGAGUUUGUCCAGGCUAAUCCUGUCAUGUUUGACCACCAUGAUCUGUUUGCCAUGCUUCAAACCCUGACGCUGGACUACCGACUCAACGAUGCCUACACAUGUCUUGGUUGGUUUAGUCCAGGACAAGUGUUUGUUUUGGACGAGUACUGUGCACGGUAUGGAGUUCGAGGCUGUCACAGACACCUGUGUUACCUGAACGACUUGUUAGAGCGAGCCGAGUCCGGAAUCAUGAUAGACCCCACUCUCAUUCACUACAGCUUUGCCUUCUGUGCUUCACAUGUUCACGGAAACAGUUUUGAGGCCAAAAUUAAGCUAAAGCGUGGAAAGAGACCUGAUGGCAUUGGAACAGUGUUGCUGAAAGAAAAAUUGCAGUUUGAUGAAAUCAAGGAGCGACUUAGGAUUUUACUAGAGAACCAAAUCACACACUUUAGAUACUGCUUCCCAUUUGGGAGACCAGAAGGUGCACUAAAGGCCACGCUGUCACUCCUAGAGAGGGUGUUAAUGAAAGACAUCGUAACCCCAGUACCACCCGAAGAAGUCAGGAAUGUUAUAAAGAAAUGUCUGGAAAAUGCAGCUCUUGUUAAUUACACUCGCAUUUCGGAAUACGCCAAGAUUGAAGAUUCUUAUAAUGAAGAAGUGUCACCAAAGAAGCGUCUCGAUGAUGUCAUUCAUCUUGCCGAACUGUGCAUCGAGGUUCUACAACAGAAUGAGGAACAUCAUGCUGAGAAGAAUAUGGCAAACAAUUUUAAUCAAGCUUUUGCUUGGUUCAGUGACUUACUAGUGGAACAUGCGGAGAUUUUCUGGUCACUGUUUGCCGUGGACAUGGACUCCACUUUGGAAAUGCAGCCGCCGGAUACCUGGGAUAGCUUUCCUCUGUUUCAGCUCCUAAACGAUUACCUCAGAAAUGAUGAAAACCUUUCCAGCGGAAAGUUCCAUCAACAUCUGCGUAUUGUGUUUGCCCCACAGGUCGUCCGAUACGUUGAUCUGAUGGAGUCAUCUAUCGCACAGUCCAUUCACAAGGGCUUUGAGCGAGAACGCUGGGAACCCCAGGGGAAUGGCUGUUCUACAUCUGAGGACAUGCUGUGGAAGCUGGAUGCUCUUCAGAGCUUUAUUCGAGAACUUCACUGGCCUGAUGAAAUGUUCGCAGAUCAUCUCGAUCAUCGCCUGAAACUGAUGGCUGCUGACAUGAUCGAGGCUGCUGCCAAGAGGACCCUGAAGUCAUUUGAGGCGUGGCUGAGGAAAGGAGGGAAGGGGACAGAUUAUCUGUUGUAUCCGGAGAUGGCCGUCAUGAUGAACGUCAUUAUUGACUGCAAAGCAAGGGCCUUGCAUUUGUGUGCUCUCGACAGUGGGGAAAAUAUGCACCAGUAUCAUACAAAGAUAGAGGAUUUUCUGGACAGGAUCCAAGUUCAGAUGGUCAAAUGUCUGAUCGAAAAGUUGCUGUCUGUGCUGGAGUCGGUGUUGGGUAAACUCGCCAGAUAUGAUGAGGGGAGCUUCUUUUCCUCUAUAUUAUCAUUAACAAAACCUGUGAAUGAGCUGGGCAAGGCCUAUGUAGAUUUCAUGAGAGGGAAUCUGGACAUAUUGCGACAGAAAAUCGCUGAUGAAUUGUUUACUCUUUCUAUAUUUGAGCAAUGGUACACAGGCCAAAUGAAGAUGAUCUGUGAUUGGUUAUCAGAUAGACUCGAUUUAAGUCUCCACCCUUACCAGUUAACUUGUGUCAUGACCAUCAACAGAAAGUGCUUCUCUGACUUUGAGCUUCAGGGAGUUCCUGAGAACACACUUAAUGCCAAAACCUACCAGACCAUUUGCAGUAGACUCCAGGUGGAAGAGGCCACUCAAUCUGUCACACAAUCAGAGAACAGCAAGACAUCGCGAUUUCUUGGGGGUGGGGGAAGUUCUAUGGGUGGUGCCAGCAGUGGGACAGGCAGCCAGGCCAGUGGGGAGGAGUCAGACUGAGAGAGAGGGGGGUAGAUGUCUAAAUUCUUGACCAGACGUCUGAAAUCUGUGAUCUGCUGUUUAUCAGCCAGGUAGUUUUCAUUGUGAAAUGAAAGCAUACCUGCAUAAUUGCUUUGAAGAAAUCUAGAAAUGAUAGUAUAGCAAUGCGUAAAUAUGGAGAACUAGAUUGUGUAGGUACAUUUUGUAUUUGAAUUUGUUUAUAAUGUGUGGUAGAUGCCAAAUCCAUGAUUAUCAGGAGACAAGGUAAAUAAGUUAUAAUUUCACCAGGAGUUACCAGUAACAAGUUUAUUCACCAGAAGAAAAAUGCAUCAAGGUUUAUCAAAUGACAAACUAGACAAAGAAAAAUGCAUCAAGGUUUAUCAAAUGACAAACUAGACAAACAGGAUUAGAAAGACUCCAGUUCCAGCAAGUUCACCAGCAUAAACAAAAGCAUAGAAACAUUGCGAUGGGUGAUGAGAGGUUGUAGACCUGGAGACAUUGAAACAUUGCGAUGGGUGAUGAGAGGUUGUAGACCUGGAGGCAUUUAUGCAUGUGAUAUUAUCUUGACAAUGCUGUAGGUCAUUGGAAAUCUGCUGCUGUGUUCUUACAAUAUACAAUGUUGUGUAUUGUACAGUCUCAUUAUUAUAGGUCCUUAUGAGGACUAGUAUUCAGUGGUAGGGAACCGACACUCAAGUAGACUUGUGCUAUUUAUAUACUGCCAUUUAAUCUCAUUCAAUCGCUAGUGAUAUUUGUCAUAGGCUUUAUGCUUUGUAAUCAUUUUUAUCCCCCCUCCCCUACGAGUCAAAGAUUAGGGAACAUAUUGGUUUUGUCUUGUCUGUCAUUCUGUCCAAAACUUUAACCGUGCUCAUAACUUUUAAAUGGUGAGUAGUGUGUCUCUCACAUUCUUUGUGACAAGACCUUUCUUUUGGUACCAAAGUUUUUUUACCCUGGAGUUUGACCUACUUUUAAGAAACAUUAAUGUAGGCAAUAGCUCAGGAACUAUAUUAGGAAGGGCUUUUAUAUUUUGUAUAUAUAGAUUCCUUAUGGCAAGACCUUUCAUUUGGUUAAUUUUUUUUGUUCCCACUUGGGGCAUAGUGUUUUUCAAACACAGCUUGUUUUCAAACUGGGUAUCAUUUAGUCUUCUUAAUUAUGCUUGGUUACCAGUAUUUUAAAACAUUGUGAAGAGUAUUUUUGGUCUGAAAUUGAAGGCUACAAAAAUCAUUUAAUACAGUGAUGAAAAUUGGACUUCAUUAUAUUUUUUUUAACUUUGAAUUAAAAUUGAGAAGCUAUGCUGAUAUAUAUCUUUUUCAUUCCCAUCACUGUUGCUGUCUUUUGUGUUAUGUUCAUAUUUUUUAAUUCAUUUGAACUGUAUUGUUUUUUGUAUGCUAUCCUGAUUGUAUUUUGUGAAGUACUGCCAUAUUGAAAGUUAACUUUACAGGGAUGAUCGAUUUCUUGUUUAGAGUGAAAAUAGGAUCUGAGAAAAAUUGUCGGCAUCUCCAGUGAUUGAUGACUGAUGUGACCAUUCUGUGUUAUUGAAACAUUCCACUUAUACCAGGUUUGAAGAUCAGACAAUUGUUUUAAUACUCCACAAAUCACAACUUCUACAUUCCUCAAAUUUUCUGUGGUGAGGUAUGGGUAAUGAUAUCAAGCACUAUUUAGGAAAUAUCAAAUUAUAAUUUAAAACUUGCUCCUGCAGGUCUGUAAGGAAAUAAACCGAUUCUUUAUUACGUUUUUCUAUUUAAAAUGCAUUCCUCAAGAAGUCAUUCCUAGUAAUGCAAAUAUUAUCACUAAAGAUAGCUUGGGUUAUACAAGGUUGUUUUGAAAUGGACAAUUGCUCCAUUAAGAGGUUGUGUUCUUUGAAUUCUGUUGAUCUCAUAUAUACCGCUCUUUGCAUUCAAUUUCUAUUUGGUCUGUGAAUUCCUAUUUUGAGUAUUGUUUACAUUAUAUAUAGAGUUUUUUUAUUUACAGUUUUGUGAAAUCCAUGUCUUGCUAUAUAUAUAUAGUUAUAGUUAUAGGUAACUAAGCUAAAGUGAUAUUUACAAGUACCUGUUUGUAGACUGUUUGGAUUGUGCAAUUAUCUGUCAUCUGUGUUGAUUAAGGGAAUCUUAAACAAUAUGUACAUGUAUUUGUAAUGAAUCCAUUUUCCCACUUCAUAUCUACAUAAUGAAUUGUACAGGGAUUCCGUUCUCUUUCUGUACAGUGUUAGGCAUGUUCUAGGUGUACAGAACUGUACAGUGUUGGGCGUGUUCUAGAUGUACAGAACUAUACAGCUAGGCAUCUUUUAGGUGUACAGAACUGUACAAUGCUACACAUGUUCUUGGUGUACAGUUUUACAUGUGUUCUAGAUGUACAGAACUGUACAGUGUUGGGCGUGUUUUAGGUGUACAGAACUGUACAGUGUUAGGCAUGUUCUAGAUGUACAGAACUGUACAGUGUUAGGCGUGUUCUAGAUGUACAGAACUGUACAAUGUUAGGCGUGUUCUAGAUGUACAGAACAGUACAGUGUUAGUCAUGUUCUAGAUGUACAGAACUGUACAGUGUUAGUCAUGUUCUAGAUGUACAGAACUGUACAGUGUUAGGCGUGUUCUAGAUGUACAGAACUGUACAGUGUUUUAGGUAUACAGAACUGUACAGUGUUAGGUGUGUUCUAGAUGUACAGAACUGUACAGUGUUAGUCAUGUUCUAGAUAUACAGAACUGUACAGUGUUAGGCGUGUUCUAGAUGUACAGAACUGUACAGUGUUAGGCAUGUUCUAGAUGUACAGAACAGUACAGUGUUAGUCAUGUUCUAGAUGUACAGAACUGUACAGUGUUAGGCGUGUUCUAGAUGUACAGAACUGUACAGUGUUAGGCAUGUUCUAGAUGUACAGAACUGUACAGUGUUUUAGGUAUUCAGAACACCAGCUAGAGUAGGUCUCUAUGGAGAUAUCAGUUUGUGUUGUUUCUUACUGUUAAUGAGAAUUAUGCAAUUUGCGUGCAAUAUUUAUUAAAGUCUGACGAUCUGUAUUAAACUGUAGAAUAUUGAG